AUGAGUAAAAGAGAAAACAGCCCUGGGCUGGAAUUUGAGUUGAAGUUGUCCCCUCCACAAACUGGAAACUCGUCAUUAUCAGAAUUUUCGACUUCAUCAUCAUUAUGUUUGUAUUCAUCAGAUCAAGACUCAUCCGUAUCUUCUGAUGCUGACAAAGAGACAAAGGCGAUGCUUCUCGUAGGUUGUCUUCGAUGCCUCAUGUACGUUUUGUUUCCAAAGGAUGAUCCCAACCCUAAAUGCCCCAAAUGCAAGAGUACUGUGUUGCUUGAUUUCCUUAAUAACAAGCAAAACACCAACCAACCAGCUGCUUGA